AUUUGGUCUAAAAAGUUUAUCUUUUUCAAAUUGCCAGACACCCUUUUGCUUAAUUUGUUUAGUUUUCUAGUUUUCUUGAACCUCAAUUUGGUUUGAAAAGUUGAUCUUUUUUCAAAUUCCCAGACACCCUUUUGCCUAAUUUGUUUAGUUUUCUAGCUUUCUUGAACCUCAAUUUGGUUUGAAAAGUUGAUCUUUUUUCAAAUUCCCAGACACCCUUUUGCCUAAUUUGUUUAGUUUUCUAGCUUUCUUGAACCUCAAUUUGGUUUGAAAAGUUGAUCUUUUUCAUAUUCCCAGAUACCAUUUUGCUUAAUUUGUCUAGUUUUCUAGUUUUCUUGAACCUCAAUUUGGCUGUAAACCAGGACUAAAGGAGGAGUACCCACAAGCUCCUGAGUUGUUUUCUUUCCCUUUCUGAUUUUUGAGGGCGUAGGAAUAUUGGAGCUAUUAGAGGUUAGGGAGGGAAAGAAAGCAUUUGCCUUUUGAGAGCUAACUCAAUUGGGUAAAAAAAGGACAAAUUUGUGAUUCAAUCUUUAGUAAGAAUGAACGGCGUAUCUGGUGUGAUUUCAAGGCAAGUCUUGCCAGCAUGUGGCAAUCUUUGUUUCUUCUGCCCUGCGAUGCGGACGAGAUCAAGGCAGCCUGUUAAGAGGUAUAAGAAGUUGAUCUCAGACAUUUUCACUCGCUCUCAGGAAGAAGAACCAAAUGAUAGGAAGAUUGGAAAACUUUGUGAAUAUGCUGCAAAAAAUCCUUUUCGCAUUCCCAAGAUAACAAAGUCACUUGAAGAGAGGUGUUAUAAGGAAUUGAGAAAUGAGAAUUUUCGGUCAGCAAAGGUUGUUAUGUGUAUAUACAAAAAGUUGGUUGUUUCAUGCAAGGAACACAUGCCACUUUUUGCAAAUAGUCUGCUCAGCAUCAUACAAACUCUCCUAGAUCAGUCGCGGGAGAAUGACAUGCUAAUUGUCGGAUGUGAAGCACUAUUUGAUUUUGUAAAUAAUCAGAAAGAUGGUACUUACAUGUUUCAUUUAGAUGGUUUUAUCCCAAAACUGUGUCAAUUGGCACAGCAAAUAGGAGAGGAGGAAAGUGCAAAACAUCUCCACACAGUUGGCCUGAAAGCACUUUCUGCAAUGGUUUGGUUCAUGGGUGAAUAUUCCCAUGUUUCAGCCGAGUUUGACAAUAUUGUUUCAGUAGUGUUGGAAAAUUAUCCAAGGCCAAGAAAGGAAACUCAAGACUCAAAUCAGAACAGGUGGGUGGAAGAAGUGCGCAAAGUUGAGGGCCACGUUUCUCCUUCCCCAGAUGUCAUUGCGAAGGUUCCCUCGUGGAGAAUCAUUGUGAAUGAGAAAGGGGAACUAAAUAUUUCAAAGGAGGAUGCAGAAAACCCAUCAUUUUGGUCCAGGAUUUGCCUGCAUAACAUUGCCAAACUAGGUAAGGAGGCUACAACCACACGGAGAGUUUUGGAAUCUUUAUUCUGCUACUUUGAUGACGACAAUUUAUGGCCUACUGAAACUGGAAUUGCUUUACCUAUUCUAAAGGAUAUGCAGUACACGAUGGAUGCUUCAGGAGAGAAUGCACAUCUUCUGCUGUCAAUAUUAGUCAAGCACCUAGAUCACAAAAAUGUUCUUAAACAACCUGAAAUGCAGCUUGACAUUGUUCAGGUUGUGACUUCGCUUGCUCAAACCACAAAGAUUCAUCAUUCCAUGGCUCUAGUCAGUGCAGUGACCGAUAUCAUGAGGCACUUACGGAAAAGUAUACAUUAUACGCUUGACGAUGCAAAGCUGGGAGCCGAGUUAAUAAAGUGGAACCGAAGUUUCCAGGAAGCUGUGGAUGAAUGCCUUGUGGAGUUAUCAAAUAAGGUUGGAGAUGCAGGACCUAUUCUUGAUGUGAUGGCAGUAAUGUUAGAGAACAUCUCAAGUAUCAAAGUGAUAGCAAGAACUACUAUUGCUGCUGCUUACCGUGCUUCUCAAAUCAUAGCUUCUAUGCCAAAUUUGUCAUAUCAAAACAAAGCAUUCCCAGAGGCUUUAUUUCAUCAGUUACUCCCUGCUAUGGUCCACCCUGAUCAUGAAACACGAGUUGGAGCUCAUCGAAUCUUUUCUGUUGUCCUUGUUCCAUCUUCUGUUUCUCCUCAGAAGAUACCGGAGGACACCCACCAAAGGAAGGCAACAGAUUUUUCAAGGGCACUCUCUAGAACUGUUUCCGUCUUCUCUUCUUCAGCUGCUCUUUUUGGAAAGCUGAGAGACCAGAGGUCUUCUUCGGCGGAGAAUAUUACCCUUGAGACGGAACAGAAAGAUAACAACAGCGGGAUGCUCAACAGAAUAAAAUCAACAUAUAGCGGUGUAUAUAACACGAUAGGCUCUCCUGCACCUGUUGGAGAGUGUACAAACAAAUCAAGUAAGGAAGCGGGUCCUAAAUCUCUAAGACUCAGCAGCCACCAAAUCGUACUCCUGCUCUCCUCACUAUGGGUACAAUCCAUUUCUCCUGCCAAUAUGCCUGAGAAUUAUGAAGCCAUUGCUCACACAUUUAGCCUGGUCUUGCUAUUUUCUAGAGCAAAGCACUCAUACCGUGAAGCUCUAGUGCAAAGUUUUCAGCUUGCAUUUUCGUUAAGAAAUGUCGCACUCGUUGAAGGAGGGUCACUACCACCAUCACGUAAAAGAUCUCUGUUUGUGUUGGCGACAUCAAUGAUUCUUUUCUCAUCAAAGGCAUAUAAUAUACCUUCUCUCAUUCCGUGUGUCAAGGCUACACUUUCAGAUAAAACGGUUGAUCCAUUUUUACAUUUGGUUGAAGAUAGCAAACUACAAGCUGCUGAUUCAAGUUCUGGUUAUGGAAAAGUUAUAUAUGGAUCCAAAGAAGAUGAUAGUUCCGCUCAGAAAUGUCUCUCGCAAAUAAAUAUCACUGAAGAACAGUCAACAGAAUCCUUGGUUUCUUUAAUCCUGAAGAGCUUAUCUAAUCUACCAGAUUUUGAAGUGUCAGCUACAAGGGAAGAGUUGCUUAAGGAAUUUUCACCAGAUGAUUCGGAUUCCUUGGGGUCUCAGUUUUUAGCUGAUGCUCAACAUAGAGUUCAGCAGUCUAAUUCAGUUGAUCUGUCCUCAAUAUUAGAUGAUGAUGGUCCCGAUUUGUCUCAAAGCAGUUCCAAACAGAAUGAACAAUCCGCCAUGGAAAUUCCCAAUCUGUUGAGUGUCAAUCAACUUUUAGAAUCUGUUUUGGAGACGGCACAUCAAGUAGGGAGAAUAUCUUUGAGCAAUGAACCUGAUUUUUCUUACAAAGAAAUGACUCAUCAUUGUGAGACACUUUUAACGGGAAAACAACAAAGGAUGUACAAUUUGAUGAAUAGCCAACAUCGACAAGAUAGUGCACUGAUCAGAAUAUCACAGAAUUCCAGUGAACAGGACAAAGAAAGCUCUUCCCAUAACCAGGUUGAGAAUCAGGGGCAGGUUAAAAACCAACUCGUAGAUCAGAAAGCGGCCAAUGUUUCUCAAAAACCAUCACCCGGAACUGUCGACUGGCAUUGUGGAGCUCAAUGUCAAAGUAAUCCGGAGACGUUCAGACUACCAGCAUCAAGUCCGUAUGACAAUUUUUUGAAAGCUGCAGGAUGGUAGAUAGCAAUAGGAGUCAUACCGAACAGAAAAGGUUGAGAUAACUCCCCUCCUGAAUCCUGAUGGCGGGGUGACUUUGUACGGCUAAAGCCUUAUACAGAGCGCUUUCUGCUACUGAGAAUCAGAAGAUCCUCGUGCAACUCCCGGCACAGAAAGGAAGUCAGCGCCAGGGCUGUAGAUAACAUAGUUUGUAACUCAUACACAUCAAAGUUGUUCAUUCUUUUGUUCUUUAUUCUUUUAUGAGGUGAUAUAUUACUAUAUUGGAGGCGGAGAGGAGACGCAUAUUGCAGAUAUUCCUCUCUGAAGAUUUGAAGAGUUUUGGCAAAGAUGUUAGGUUUUGCUGUCCUAACCAAUGCCAUUUACUGUGUAUAAGAUCGAAUGUAGCUUUUCCUCUUCUCUUUUUAGUGAUUUCAGAUGGAGAUAUGCUCCCCUCUCUGGUAUGCAGACACUGCUAUUUGAAAUGAAAAUAACACUUUGGUUUAUUUAA